UCGCUGAAAUCGUGCACGCAUAUCUCGCGCUCACGUAUCUCGCUCCCUCCUUCUCUAUAUUACGCGCGGUUUUCCCCUUCUCGUUCUCCAUUGCUUUACAUAGAGGAGAUUUCUGCUACUGGUUAGUCUUUAUCUUUUGUUCAUAGUCUCUAUAUUAAGUUUACUUACAUUAAUAGAAUUAGUCUCUUCUUUGGUUGAACAUGCAAUUCAUAACUGAUAAGGCAUAUUGAGAGUUUAUUUGAUCAAAUUUGUGUUAUGAUGUCACUGAUUGUAAUUGUACUUUUAAGCUGCAUAAUAUUAAUGAUAAGACAUUUUUUACUGAACAUUCAAUUAGGGAUAUGAUGAUUUGCUUUCUUUUCUAUUUCUAACUAUGGUGAUGAAACAUAACGUUUUAGUUUAGGCUAGUUUCAACUAUUCUUUUUUGUCUAGGCUAGGUUCUUUCUCUAAAUUCUACUUUUGAUAGAUGGCAAAUGAGAAUGAAGGUGUUGGGGAUGAGGUGGUUGAGGUUACAGGAUGCAAAAAAGAUAUAUGGCCUCCAAACAUAGAAUCCUACUUUAUUGGUUUAAUGGAGGAGGAAGUUAAGAAGGGUAAUAGACAAACCACUACUCUAACAAGGGAUGCAUGGAGGCGUAUCAAGGAGGAGAUGAAAAUCCAAUUUGGCAAGGAAUACACAUAUGAUCAAUUUAAGAAAAAUUCAAUCAACUAAGGGGAAAAUGGAAGGAUUUUAAUAAUCUGUUGAAAAUGGAGACUGGACUUGGAUACAACUCAGCCACUGGCAAAAUUAUCGCCACGGAUGAUGAGUGGAAGAAACUGUGUGAGAAGUACAAGUUUGCAAAGCAAUUUAAGAAGAAGGGUUGCUUGAAUUAUGAAAAAUUGUGUGUCAUUUAUGGGGACACUACUGCUACUGGUGCAAAUCAGCACCCUUCUACCAAAAGUCCUUCAAGUAGUAAUGAUGAUGAUAGUGAAGGAGACUUUGACAAAGAUGAAGAUGACCAACAACCUAAAAAGAAAGCACAUGUUAGUAAGGACACUAGGAAAAGGAAUGCAAGAGAGAAUGCUCAAGUGGCAUUUGCUAAUGCUAUGGCAAUUUUUGGAGAACAUACUAAAAAGAAGAUGGAGAGGAUGGACAAGAGUCAGGUUGGACCAUCAACUAAUUCCACAGAAGCAGUUGGCCAGAGUAGUGAGCAAGAUAUGGAAAAAACAGUGACUUGUUAAAGGGUCCUUGAAGGACUUGAAAGCAUUGAUGGUGCUUCUUUUUCGAAGGCUUUGAAGUUCUUGAAAGAAGAUGCUAUGUGGAGAACUUUGUUUAUGGAACUAAGUGAUGACCGGAAGAAAGACUUUGUUCUGAAUCUAGUUUAGUUUGUGAUUCAUUGUAUUUUCUUUGCCUAUGAUCUUUGACAUUUUGCAUCUUUAUGCUUUUCUUUUGAUUUUGACAUGUUGGAUGAUUGCUAGUACCUUUUGUGAACAUGAUGACAUGGAUUGUUAGAAUUAUUAAUCUUAUUUAUUCAUGGUGUCACUUUUUAGUUUAGACAAUUAAUAAUUUGUAUUAUUCAUGAUCUGUUAUGAAAAUAUUGUUUACUUGCAGGAUUAUGGUGAUGGAUGUGAUAAAUAAGAACUUUGUAGAUGACUCUGAUGAUGAUGAGGAAGAAGAGUUUCUAACUAUUGUUGGUUUUUAUAUCAGCAUGGAAGAUAAUAGUUUGUUUAAAUCAACACCCCAACCUCAAAGGAUUUCAAAAUUGAAAGGACAUGCAUGGGUAGUUGAAGUAUUAACUGGUCAUCCAAGGAAUUGUUAUGAUACAUUUCGAAUGACACCACCUCAAUUCAUUAAACUGUGUGAUUUGUUGAAAGAAAGAAAUAAAUUGAAGGAUACUAGGUUCUUAAGUGUUCAAGAGCAAGUUGCAAUAUUUCUACUCAUCAUCUGCCAAACAGUGCGAUCUAGAUUUGCAGCUGAUCGAUUUCAACACUCAGGGGACACUAUUCAUAGGCAUUUCAAAAGAGUUCUAAAAGCCAUUUGCUCUCUUUCCAAAUACUUCAUUGUUCCUCCUUCCUUUGAUGAAGUUGCUCAAGAGAUACGGUUCAAUCCAAGAUAUUAUCCUUUUUUCAAGCAUUGUGUAGGAGCAAUUGAUGGUACCCAUAUUUCAGCGUGCAUUCCAAAAGAUGAGCAGAUUCCAUAUCGUGGGAGAAAAAUUGAUCCGAAUAUCAAUAUGAUGUGUUGUUGCUCUUUUGAUAUGAAGUUCACAUUUGUUAUGGCUGGUUGGGAGGGUACAGCAAACGACUCAAGAAUUUUUUUGGAAACUAUUUAUAAGGCUGAGAAUCGUUUUCCUUUUCCCCCGACAGGUAAAUAUUACAUUGUAGACUCUGGAUACGCCAAUAUGCCUGGGUUUCUCUCACCAUAUCGUGGAGAACGAUAUCACUUGCGUGAUUAUAGAGGUCAACGAGCACCGCAAGGACCAAAGGAGCUAUUCAACUACAUUCAUUCUUCAUUACGUAAUGUGAUUGAAAGGUGUUUUGGGGUCUUAAAAGCACGUUUUCCUAUCUUGAAGUUCAUGCUGCCAUACGCAUUGAAAAGACAAAAGUAUAUACCACUUGCAUGUUGUGUUCUUCAUAAUUUUAUUAAAAUGGAGAUGCAGGACGAUCUUUUAUUUACACAAUAUGCAGAUGAAAAUGUUCAAUUAGAAGAUGAAGCGGCAAAUGGAAACAACAACACAGAGGAACAUGUGCCACCACAGGUGACUACAACAUCUUUUCGUCAAAUGGCUACAUUUCGAGAUCGUUUGGCUCAACGAUUAUGGGAUGCAACUAAUGCAACAUUGUAGCUAUAUUGGAGUGAAUUUGAAAAACUAUGGUAUUUCGUUAGCCUUAUGUACUUUUCUCUUUCUUGGAUCGUUAACAGUUUAUGAAUUUCUUUAAGUGUCAUUACAAUAAUUUAUCUAUAAAUUUGAAAAGCAAAUGUGGUAAGAAAUAUUCUAUGAGAAGCAGUGUUGUGGUGGCUCUCGUGUAGACUAGAAAUAUUGGUUGUGUUGUGAUUUAUGGGCAUUCAGGGUAGUUGAUUUUUC